CAAAAGCACAUUCAAAAACAAACACUGAAAGUUCGUGCGGACCAAUCAACUCUGAGAAUCUUGUCUGUUUCAGAUUCUGAUUGGAAGCAACCUACAUCCAAUUUCAAUUUCAGCCGCCGGAAACUGAUCCGAUCAGCUCUUCCCGUACCCAUAAUUCGAGUUCCAUCCGGACUUGUAAUUCCAAAACCCGAGUAAUCUGCCGCAUCAAAUGGGUAAAGCCCGCUUGAUUUUGUGGGAUUUCGUGUUUUCCUUCAUGUGGGUAUGGGCUGGAGCUCUGGUGAAGUUGUUCGUCGGGAAGGUUCUGGGGAUGGGUCAUGACCCCAGAGGUGAGAUUAUAAAGGGAGCUCUGUCGAUCAUGUACAUGUUCUUCUUCGCGUUCUUGGGGAAGGUCACGAAAGGAGGGGCGUAUAAUCCUUUGACUGUCUUGGCCUCUGCCGUCUCCGGGGAUUUUAAUCAAUUUCUCUUCACCGUGGGUGCCAGGAUCCCUGCUCAGGUAAUUGGAUCUAUUGUUGGGGUUAAGCACAUUAUCGACACUUUUCCUGAAGUAGGACUUGGGCCACGAUUAAGUGUUGACAUACAUCGAGGUGCACUUACAGAAGGACUCUUGACAUUUGUAAUUGUUAUCAUCUCACUUGGACUGGCAAGAAAUAUCCCUGGUGGUUUUUUCAUGAAAACCUGGAUCUCAAGUGUCUCCAAGUUAACUCUUCAUAUACUUGGCUCUGAUCUAACAGGUGGAUGUAUGAACCCAGCUGCUGUGAUGGGAUGGGCUUAUGCUCGUGGAGAUCAUAUCACAAAGGAGCACAUAAUUGUAUACUGGCUUGCUCCAAUGGAAGCAACUGUGCUGGCAGUCUGGACCUUUAGGCUGGUAGUUAAGCCACUAACAGAGGAGAAAGAUAAAUUGAAGGCUAAAUCCGAAUGAAUCCCACCACUUUAAUGUUCUACUUGGUUCGUCUACGCCCAUCUCAAAUGAAGGCAAAUCUAGGUUGUUCUUAAAGACAAUGAGCUGAAGAGCUCUGUUUCCAGCACUAAUUCCCUUGACCCUCUGAUUUUCCCUUGUAUAUGUGCCAUCUUCCCUGUACCAUCUUUCCUCUGUAAUCUUGCCUUCUGUCUAAAACAGUUUUAAUGAAUCAUGAAAAAGAUUUCCUAUUUCUCAUGGAAGCUGGGAUUUUAUACUUCAACAGAAACAAUGCUCACUCUACAUUACAAUGUUUCCUCAGUUUCACCUGCAAAUUCUUGAGAAUUAUACUCAAGCUAGUGCUGCAAGUGGGAUCCUCUUCAAGUUCUUCACCAAGAGAAUGUCCUUGCUCUCCCUAACAGCAAUUAACUUCUGGUUGAUCUCCACCAUACAAUAAAAUCCAUGUCACUAAAUGGGUUUGUGACAAGUGGCAUUGAUUUAUUAGUGUUUGUUGAUUUUAAAUGUUUGAAUCUCUAACCUUGACUUCAAAUUAAGGUUUUUAAGUUAA